AAGAUUAAGAUGUAUUUAAAAAUCUCUAUACUAAAUUACAGGCCCGUGUACUAAUUUACAGUCCCACGUGCAACAAUCUUGAUCAUAUUGAUCACAAUUUUGUAUUUUGAAGUAAUGACAACAGCACCCAUUCAUCACAAUGGCAUCCACUCUACAUCUCGAUCAAAAUCUCAGAACACUCUGUACACAGGGUUGUUUGAAGGAGGCUGUACAGAUUCUUCUUACUACACAGAACCCAGCUGUGGACGCUUCUACAUAUCUUCAUCUAUUGCAAGCUUGUAUUGACAACAAAGCACUUACAGAGGGUAAGCAAAUCCACUCUCACAUCGAUGAGAGAGGAUAUUUAUCUACCAAAAACACAUUUUUGAGUAACAAGCUCAUCAGCAUGUAUGACAAGUGUGGAAGAUUGGUGGAUGUUCGCAAUGUUUUCGACAACUUAAGUGAACCAGACGUCUUCACAUGGAAUAUGAUAAUUGCAGCUUACAAAAGGCAUGGACUUCCUCAGGAGGCAUUCACCCUGUUUCACCAAAUGCAACGAACAUCUGUCCAAUCUGACCAAUUUACCUUCUCUAUUAUUCUCCCUGUAUGCGCUGACAUGGCAUCUUUGAAACACGGUUUGCAGAUCCAUGGAAAGCUUGUUAGAUGUCAAUGUCAAUCCGACCUUAUUGUAGUGAAUACCCUAAUAGACAUGUAUGCAAAAUGUGGAUGCAUAGAGAAGGCACGAAAACUGUUUGACGGAAUGCAUCAACGAAAUGUUUUCUUGUGGACUGCAAUGAUUGCAGGAUAUGCACAUAAUGGUGUUCUUCACGAGGCUUCAAAGCUUUUCGAAGAGAUGCCUUAUCGAAAUGUGGUAUCAUGGACUGCAAUCAUUGCUGCAUAUGCUCAAAAUGGACUUGCUGAAAACGCCUUAGAGAUUUAUAAGCAAAUGCAAUUGUCAGAUGUAAAGCCAAACUCGAUGACCUUUUCGAGUAUACUCCGAGCUUGCGCCAAACUUGGGGAUUUGGAGCAGGGUAUGGAAAUCCAUCAAGAGAUAACUGAAGGUGGUUUUUUGUCAGAUGUCGUAGUUGUCACUGCCCUGAUAGACAUGUACGCAAAAUGUGGAAACAUGGCGAAGGCUCGUGAAUUGUUUGAUAAUUUACCUCAGCGAAAUGUUGUCUCCUGGAAUGCAAUGAUUACAGGAUAUGCUCAAUAUAAUGCUCUGGGCGAGGCUUUAAGUCUUUUCGAAAAAAUGCCUCAAAGAAAUGUUGUUUCUUGGACUGCAAUCAUUGCUGGAUAUGCACAGAAUGGGCUUGUUGAAGAAGCUUUGAAGAUGUAUAAGCAAAUGCAGUUGACAGGUAUUAAGCCGAAUUCAUCAACCUUUGCCAGCAUCCUUCCAGCUUGUGCUAAACUUGGGGAUUUGGAACAGGGUACGGAGAUUCACCAAAGUAUAAGUGAAAGUGGUUUUUCGUCAGAUAUUAUAGUUGGGACUGCCCUGAUAGACAUGUAUGCAAAAUGUGGAAGCAUACAGAAGGCACGUGAAAUGUUUGAAAAAAUGCCUCAGCGGAAUGUGGUCUCAUGGAAUGCAAUGAUUGUAGGAUACUUACAAAAUGGGCUUGUUGAUAAAGCCUUGGAGAUUUUUCAGAAAAUGCAAUUGGCAGAUGUAAAUACGGAUGCAUCAACUUUUACCAGUAUCCUCCCAGCUUGUGGCAAACUUGGAGCUUUGGAUCAGGGUAUGGAGAUACAUCAAAAAAUAAUAAAAAGUGGAUUGUUAACAGAUGUAGUUACGAAUGCCCUGAUAGACAUGUACACAAAAUGUGGAAGCAUACAUAAGGCACGUGAAUUGUUUGACAAAAUGCAUAAUCCAACAUUAGUCUCAUGGAAUGCAGUCAUUGCAGGACAUGCAUUGCAAAGUUAUAUAAAGGAUGCCCUUGAACUCUUUGAACUAAUGAAGUACUCUGAAACCAAGCCCGACCAUAUAACAUUCAUUUGGGUUUUAUUUGCAUGCAGCCAUGCAGGUUUAGUGGAUGAGGGCUGUAAAUAUUUCAAUUGCAUGAAUGACAUGUAUUGCAUAAUGCCUACGAUGGAUCAUUAUACAUGCACACUUGACCUUCUUGGCCGUGCUGGCUAUGUUGAGGAAGCCCUAAACUUUGCUAUCAAAAUGGCAUUUUUUCCUAAUGUGAUUGUAUGGAGGUGUUUGCUUGGCGCUUGUAGGUCACACAAAAGUGUAAAGAUAGGGGAAUUCGUGGCAACACUUCUUUUUGAGUUGGAUCCUACUGGUGCCGCACCAUAUGUUCUUCUGUCAAACAUUUAUGCAGAAGUUGGCAAGUGGAGUGACCUUCAAAAGGUAAGGAAAUUGAUGAAAGAAAGAGGGAUUAAAAAGACACCUGGUUGUAGUUGGAUUGAAGUCCAUAAAAUGUUACAUGCCUUUUGUGUAGGAGACAAAUCACAUCCACAAACACAAAAUAUCUAUGCAAAGUUGGAAAAAUUGUCCUCGGAAAUGAAGGCAGCGGGAUAUGUUCCAGAUAGAAGACUUGUAUUGAAUGAUGUGGAGGAGGAGGAGAAAGAAUCACUCCUUUGCCACCACAGUGAGAAGUUGGCGAUUGCAUUUGGUUUGUUAAACACUCCACCUGGAACAACUAUUAGAGUUGUCAAGAACCUUCGAGUAUGUGGUGACUGCCAUAUUGCAACCAAAUUUAUCUCCAAGGUUGUUGCAAGAGAAAUUGUUGUGAGAGAUGCAAACCGUUUCCAUCAUUUCAAAGGUGGUCAAUGUUCUUGUGGAGAUUAUUGGUGAGGCUAACCAAAGCAAGCUAUGAACACAUUCUUGAACAGGAACAAGGUUCAUGGUGUUAGACUUGCAGGAAUCCUGUAGAGCUCUGGAGUGAAAAUGUGGUGGCAAAAGAAUCGAAAAUGAAAAAGGAACUUGGAAUGGCAGAAAGAAAUGUAAAGAUGCUCAGCUAGUGGGAAAUUUGAAGGGUUUACAAUCAAGCCAACGCUUGUAUAGAUAGAGAAGCAUUUUUAUGGUUGUUCACACCCUUUGUCAUCUAUGUGAUAUAUUUGUCUGGAUCAAUUCUAGUAUCAUCUUGGGAAUGUUAGGUUUUGCCUUUUCAGCCUAUAUUAUAUGUACCAAACCAAGUUUACGUGUACCAGUAGACUUGUGACAUCUAUAGUUAUGGAAUACAAGGACAUUUUGGGUCAAAUUAGUGAUGGAUAAUGAAGUCCAGUGAUUUGUGGCCUUUUAAUUCCUCGGCUUUCCCUCUUUCGAAAGUCUCUUGGCAUUCCAUUUUGAUGAGACCUUCAAAUACAAAAUUCUCGUGGAUAAUGUAAUUAUUAUUGUAUUGCUGAUGCAAUGAGCUGCUGUAGAUGUAAUAGGAAGAACAGAAGUUAUAAAUAGAGUUUUCCCCUAUUUUU